GCACGCGCAAAGACUCCAUCCGGCGGCGCCGUUGGAUUCCCUAGGAAGCUUAGGAACCCGGACCGGAGCGACGAGCGAGUAGUCAUGUCCGCCUCAGUAGUAUCGGUCAUCUCGAGGUUUUUAGAAGAGUACUUGAGCUCCACUCCGCAGCGUCUGAAGUUGCUGGACGCGUAUCUGCUGUAUAUACUGCUGACCGGGGCGCUGCAGUUCGGUUACUGUCUCCUCGUGGGGACCUUCCCCUUCAACUCUUUCCUCUCGGGCUUCAUCUCCUGUGUGGGGAGCUUCAUCCUGGCGGUUUGCCUGAGAAUACAAAUCAACCCACAGAACAAGGCGGAUUUCCAAGGCAUCUCUCCAGAGCGAGCCUUUGCUGAUUUUCUCUUUGCCAGCACCAUCCUUCACCUCGUCGUCAUGAACUUUGUUGGCUGAAUCUUUCCCAUUUAAUUGAGGAGUAGGAGACUGAAAGAAUGUUCACUUUUUGAUUUCCCCUGGAUGAGAGUUCUUGAGAUAUGGCAGCUUAUUGGACACAUGGAUUUUCUUCAGAUUGGUACCUACUACCCACCCUGAUUUGGUAUGCUGGUGGAGCGCCCAGAGGAAUUCCCUCACUCCGUGUCAGAACAACUUUGUAAUGAACGUCUGCUAACAUGACCUCUGCCUUCUAUUAAGUGUAACCUUUUUCUUCCAAAUUAAAAUCUCCAUGCCACUCCUUC